AUGCCUGUCGAGUCCAAGAAGGUCUCGAUCUUCUCGCUCGGAGGCUGGCUCACUUAUGGCGGUACACAGAAGGGCAACAUUGUCAAGGAGUGUAUGCAAACAGCCUGGGAUCAUGGUAUCAAUUUCUUUGAUACAGCAGAGACGUAUUCAAAGGGAGAAAGCGAGAUUGAAAUGGGCCAAGCAUUACAGGAGCUUGCGUGGCCGCGAGACGAAUAUGUGCUCUCCACCAAGAUUUUCUUCGGCACCGGUCGAGAGGAACCAAACACACGUGGAUUGAGCAGGAAGCAUGUCGUAGAAGGACUAAAGAGCAGCUUGAAACGUCUUCAACAGCCAUACGUUGACAUUGUCUUCGCUCAUCGACCUGAUCGCGGAACGCCCAUGCGCGAAAUUGUCGAAGGGUUUACUCAAGUCAUUCGGAACUUGAAUCUAGCAUACUAUUGGGGCACGUCUGAAUGGUCAGCCUUGGAGAUCAUGGAAGCUACCCAAAUAGCUGAGCGAUAUAAUCUCAUUGCGCCAGUGGUUGAGCAACCAGAAUACAAUGCUUUCCGCCGUGAACGCUUCGAGGUUGAAUACGCACCACUGUACCAACAGUUCCAGUAUGGUACCACCAUUUGGUCGCCAUUGGCAUCGGGUGUACUUACGGGCAAGUACAACGAUGGCAUCCCGGAGGAUUCUCGAUUUGCGAACAAUGCAGACUUUUUCAAAAAUACGAUCGGUGCUCUGAGCGAAUCUGAUGGAAAGGCCAAGAUUGAAAAGGUCAAGAAGUUGACCACGAUCGCUGAGAGAUUGGGUGGAACCACAGCUCAGUUGGCUCUUGCGUGGGCUGCGAAGAACGAGAAUGUUAGCACUGUAAUCCUCGGUGCAAGUAAGCCUCAGCAGAUUGUAGACAACUGCAAGGCACUAGAGUUGAUCCAGAAGCUCACGCCGGACAUAAUGGAGGAAAUUGAAAAGGUAUUAGAGAAUAAACCGACGCCAAGAGCUACAUUUGGCAGGGAGCGACCUGGGUGGGUUUAG